GAUUUUGCUGAAUCUACGUUUUACAUUCAAACGUGACUCGAUUGUUUUAGUUUAGUAACAAUGUAUCGUACAAGAGAGCUAUAGCAUGUGUCUGAACGUGGUGAUUAUAGGUUUAACCGUGAUGGUGGUGAGAGCUUGGAGCGCUCCUUCACCACUGCAGGUGACUAUCGAUUGUGGAUCUGAUGAGAACCGAUCAUCAAAGUUGAAGUCAACUGAGUUGUACAACAGCAACCCAGGCUUUGACGUCGACUCAUUUUGCAAUCUGAUACACAAAGCUAUCCCAAAGACUAUAGAAGAUGGAAAGUUUAUUCUCCCCGAAACAAAAGCCCCAGAUCAAAUUGGUUACAGUAACACACCUGUGGAAGCAGCGGUGGCGCCACCAAGGGGAUAUAUACCGAAACUAGACUUUCCUAAACCAAAAAUCUCUAGAAUACGACCUUCUAAAUUGAACAUACCAAAAUUAAAACCACAUGGUUCUGCGAGGGCUCCAAAAGUCGGUUCACCAAUGAUAUUCCAUUUACGACAAGCUUUAGAUGAGGAAUCGAGUGCAGAGAGAAUUGAAAGAUUUAAAAAGGGUGUACAAAGGAUGUUGCAUUUUGUCAAAUUUUUAGGACAAUUCGAUCAGUAUCUGUCGGAACGUACUAGAAUUAUUGUGGAUAAAUUAUCAAAGACUUUCAUGGAAUGAUGCUGUAGUGUCAAUAAGAUGUGUAAAUAGCUAUUUUUAAAAUUG